GAGAAACUGUUAAUCUCCCUUCCUUCUAUUCCUUCCCAUCUUUGGGGCAAUGUUAGACAAAACAGGUUUAAUGACUUCCCCUUCCCUUUUCCUCCAGAUGGCCUUCAAGGAGAGAGAGAGGCUGAUGGACCAGAAGGAGUUGAUGAAGAUAUGAUUGUGACCCAAAGUCAGACCAACUUUAUCUGCCCCAUUACACAGCUGGAAAUGAAGAAGCCAGUGAAAAACAAAGUGUGUGGCCACACCUACGAAGAGGAAGCCAUUGUUCGCAUGAUUGAGUCUAAGCACAGACGAAGGAAAAAGGCCUGUUGCCCCAAAAUUGGCUGUAGCCACACAGAUGUGAAAAUGUCAGAUCUGGUCCAGGAUGAAGCACUCAGAAGGGCAAUUGAGAGCCACAACAAGAAAAGAAACCGUCACUCGGAGUAAGAGAAAGCCACCUGCCCACGGAGAGCGAGCAGCCUAGUUCCUGCCUCAGCCAUCUGCCGAGCACCAUGCUUCUCCCAGCCUGCUUUGUCUGCGGGACAACUUGAGGGUUUGAAGUAUAACUGAAAACAUUUUUCUAAGUUCCACAACAAAAAUUCAAGCAUAUUAUAGUGUUUAUUUUUAAGUGUUCUGUAAUUUUAAAUAAAGCUUUGAUAAUCUGCCCUGUGUCCUGCCUGUGCUGCUCUGGACAUGGAGAUGCUUCCAACGGUGCAGGACUGAACCUGCCAGGCUUUUCUAUUUCUAAUACGUCAGACUGUUUUUUAUGAUAUUUUUAACAGUGUCUUUCAAGAGAUAUUUGAAAUGGAAACACAUAAACCACCCCCCC